AUACUAUUAGCAAAUCAUGUUAAGAAAGAGUACUACGUUUGUCGAAUUAAAGAAGAUCUCUGGGAGGACUUCAAGAAAGUUUAUGAAGAAUUAUACAAUUUAUGUGAUCUAAAUGAUCUAAAUUCAGAUACUUUUCUUGCUUUAAUCAUCAAAAAUGCUUUUAUAUCUGAAGAUGAACGUACCCAUGCUAAUGCUAUUUGGACACAGGCUGUUCUUAAACUUAUUUUUGAUGAAAAUUAUCUUUUGGCGAAACUUGACUCUGACAUUGUUGAUACAUGGUACCAAAAACUUUUAAAGAAAGCAAAUGAUACGAAUAAAAAAGAUGCUUGCGCCUCUUCUGCAAACUCACAAGUUGGAUCUUUAGAUUCAAUGGAUGUUGAUGAUCUUUACGAAAACUUGCCUGACUCUGACUCUGAAAGCCAUUUAAGCGAUAAUGGUAUUAAAGACAAUGAUAGUGAUAAUAAUUAUGACCCCACAUCACGUAAAGCUACAUAA